AACUCGAUGGGACGACGUGGCUCCCUUUUCCGACGAUGGUCCGCCGGAAACAGCACGAUUUGAACUGUCGGUCGGCCGGCAUUUCAUGGCCAACCACAUCACUGACUGGAGUCUAGCUCUUGGCCCGCCCACCCGCCUGGGCUUGGUUCGUCGCAGUUUAACGGGGAGUGAUGGUCAGAUUCCGGGGGGGAAAGCCGGCCCUGCAACGCGCGGCAGCGAUACCCAAGAAGAACAAAACCUGCAAAACCGGUUGGCCAGGAAUUGGGAUCAGGUUCUGCUGCAGAAGAGAGCGGGCGGGAUCCUCAGACAAAAUGUCGUAGUUGCCAUGCAUCGGCUCUUUUGA